GCCCCUCCCCCGCCCCUCCCGGCCGGAUCGGCGUGCGCCUGCGCACGGGAGGCCGGCGGAGUCUUACCCUAAUGUAAGAUGGUGGCCCGUCUGGCUGUGGAACCCACCGAAAGCUGAGAGUCUCUCUCUCAGCCGUAAAGGUCGGACUCGCUGAAGGAAUCAGGCCCGGUUCUGAAGAGUUUUUUCCCCGACACUCGUUCAGUGGUCUCUUGUGAAGACGCGGCAGCGCGUGGAGUCGGCUAAGGGAAAAGCGAGGCAAGGCAGGCGGGUCUUCAAAGUUCUACAUUUUAGCUCACAGUGCUGAAGUUCCUUCUCCCUUAAAUUAUUAUAAAUUUUUGCUGCUGUUUAAUAAACGUGAAGAUGUCUCGCAGUCCUGAUGCGAAGGAAGACCCUGUGGAAUGCCCUCUUUGCAUGGAGCCCCUGGAAAUAGAUGAUAUCAACUUUUUCCCUUGCACCUGUGGCUACCAGAUUUGCCGAUUUUGUUGGCAUCGAAUUCGCACUGAUGAAAAUGGGCUUUGCCCUGCAUGUAGAAAGCCAUAUCCAGAAGACCCAGCAGUUUAUAAACCACUCUCUCAAGAAGAACUGCAAAGGAUAAAGAAUGAGAAAAAACAGAAACAAAAUGAGAGAAAACAGAAAAUAUCAGAAAAUCGCAAGCAUUUGGCUAGUGUACGUGUUGUACAAAAAAACCUCGUCUUUGUUGUAGGUCUGUCUCAGCGCUUAGCAGACCCAGAGGUUUUAAAACGACCAGAAUAUUUUGGGAAGUUUGGUAAAAUACAUAAAGUUGUCAUCAAUAAUAGCACAUCAUAUGCAGGCUCACAGGGUCCAAGUGCCAGUGCUUAUGUAACCUAUAUCCGGUCAGAAGAUGCUCUCAGAGCCAUACAAUGUGUCAACAAUGUGGUAGUAGAUGGCAGAACACUUAAGGCAUCUCUAGGUACAACAAAAUACUGCAGUUACUUCUUAAAGAAUAUGCAGUGUCCCAAACCCGACUGCAUGUAUCUACAUGAAUUGGGGGAUGAGGCUGCAAGCUUCACAAAAGAAGAAAUGCAGGCGGGUAAACACCAAGAAUAUGAACAGAAGCUACUUCAAGAAUUAUAUAAAUUAAAUCCCAAUUUUCUUCAGCUGUCUACGGGUUCAGUUGAUAAGAAUAAGAACAAAGUGACACCACUGCAGAGGUAUGAUACCCCCAUUGACAAGCCUUCAGAUUCUCUCAGUAUAGGGAAUGGUGACAAUUCCCAGCAGAUAUCUAACAGUGAUACGCCCUCACCACCACCUGGUUUAUCAAAAUCCAAUCCAGUCAUCCCCAUCAGUUCAUCCAAUCACAGUGCACGGUCUCCUUUUGAAGGGGCAGUAACAGAGUCACAGUCGUUAUUCUCAGACAAUUUUCGCCAUCCCAACCCUAUCCCAAGUGGGCUUCCUCCUUUCCCCAGCUCCCCACAGACUUCCAGUGACUGGCCUACAGCACCAGAACCACAGAGCCUCUUCACAUCAGAAACAAUCCCAGUAUCAUCCUCUACAGACUGGCAAGCAGCAUUUGGCUUUGGUUCUUCUAAACAACCAGAGGAUGACUUGGGUUUUGAUCCCUUUGAUGUCACUCGAAAAGCCUUAGCAGACCUGAUUGAGAAGGAACUGUCCGUCCAAGACCAACCUUCCCUUUCGCCCACAUCUCUUCAGAACUCCUCUUCACACACUACAACCGCCAAAGGUCCAGGCUCUGGAUUUCUGCAUCCUGCUGCACCUACAAAUGCCAACUCUCUCAAUAGUACCUUUUCAGUCUUGCCACAGAGGUUCCCUCAAUUUCAGCAGCACCGAGCGGUUUAUAAUUCAUUCAGUUUUCCAGGCCAGGCAGCCCGCUAUCCUUGGAUGGCCUUUCCACGCAAUAGCAUCAUGCACUUGAACCACACAGCAAACCCCACCUCAAAUAGUAAUUUCUUGGACUUGAAUCUCCCGCCACAGCACAACACAGGUCUGGGAGGGAUCCCUAUAGCAGGGGAAGAAGAGGUGAAGGUUUCGACCAUGCCACUGUCAGCCUCUUCCCAUUCAUUACAACAAGGACAGCAGCCUACAAGUCUCCACACUACUGUGGCCUGACAACAGAACUGAGAGGAGAGGAUUAGACUCUGGGGUGCUUGCAUGGGCAACCGGAUUUUUGCAUGAUUCCUUUCUGAUUUUGCUUUUAAUGUAUACACCCAAAAGAGCCAAUAUAAACGUUCCUCAUGCCUACAGCUAGCGUGUUACCUCAUAGUUGCUGAAGUAUUUCUUCAUUAGGCCUUUAACAUAAUUUAUUAGUAAAAUAAUUUUGGCAUUGUUUCUCAUGAGUGAUACUAUUUUGAACUCACACAAAUAAACUUGUAGUACUAAUUAAGAUCCCAGAUGAGAUUAGUUAGAAUUGUUCUUAUUUUGGCUCUAUUAUUGAAAAUAUACAAAGGUAAUCGUAGUUCCUUGUUUUCUGAUAUGUGAAAAAAAUGGUAAUAUCCUAAUCUCCUGAAAAAUUUGAAAAUUAAGAUAAUGUCUAUUGCAUUCUUUGAAUACUUACGAAAGAAUACAUAUAACAUAAAAUUGGUGGUGUCAUUUAAUGCUCAAAAGGAUGUUGUCAGCAAUUGUUUUUAGUUGUCUAGAUUUAUAUCUUAUAUUAUGCAUUACAUCUGUAGAAAUUGUUUUGUUCUCUCUCAUUUGCACAUUUGCACUUUCUUUUGAAUGGUUGUUAAUUAUACAUAGAUGGUUAAAAGAUAAUUAUUAUAUUAUAGCUUAAAUGCAAUAUAAUCUCUUUUCUAAUGCACUGCCUAGUAUACCAGGAAAUGCCUCAAAAACAGAAUUUCAACUUAUAGUUGACUUAUCAGAAACUUGAAUAUAGGGUAAACAUUGUAUGUGAGAAGCAACCAUAGCAGUGUUUUAACAUUUUUAUUGAACAAACAGUAAUUCUGUGGGAUGUCUGUUUGGAAAUUUCAUUGCUUAAUAAUGAAAAUGUGAUGAUAAGACAAUAUUAUAAGUACCUGACCAGAAUGAGACUAAGGCAGAAGAGAAGAGAGUGGGUGUCCUCUAAAGUUAGGCCACCUAAGUUGUGAUAGAUAACCUUAGUUAAUCAAGAGAAUGGUAGAAUACUUUAUUAGGAUAUAAUGUGAAGUGAUGUUUUUGAUAAUACAGAAUUUCUUGAAAUAGUUUUAAAACUGAUAAUAAAAGAAAGAAACUGAACUCAGUUCUGGCCAGUGGACAAAAGCUGAUUCAGAAAACAUGACCAUAUUCUGCCUAAAUGAAGCAUCUGGGAAGAAGGGGAAAGUCACACCUCCUCUUGAGAUUUUAAAAAACAAUUGUGAUAAAAGGUAUGCCUUAAUUUGUUAAAAGGUAUGAAAGGGGUAAUGCGAAUACCAAAAAAUAAGCCUAGGGCUUAAGAUAGUAAUAAAAAAAAUAUGUUAUUAGGAUAUGAUACUUAAUGUUGUGUUGGGGUUAGAAUUUUCAAGGUUACCUCUUUAUAUGGAAUCUGGUUACUUUCUAUUAGAGAUAAUGCAACCAAUUAAAUGGCUUUAUUCCAGGGUAUAUUGGGAUAAACUAAAAUCUAUUCUUAGGUACCCUUAGAUUUGAUUAACAGGGUACAAAAGCCAUUGUCUAGCCAUUUAAGUGAUUUUUGUAAAAUUCAGCAUAAAUAUUAGUCUCUAAUUUCUAUUUAGAAGUGAUUUUAAGACAACAUUACAAGAAAAUUACGAGUUAGAAAAUACAAACAGAAUAUUGUAGACUUAUUAAACAUUAGCCUUUUAUUAUAUCCUAAUUUAAUAUGGUUUUCAUUUUUGCUGUAAGAGGCAGAGAAUUCACUUAUGUCUCCUGUGGGGCUAAGCCUCCUGGGCUUUAUUAACAAACUCUGACUCCUUGUAAUGAUGCUUACUAGCUCGUAGCUCUCUCCAGCCUUCAAUGUAAGCCUUUCAUUGUCUGGAUCUUCUUAUGAAGACAUAGCAGGUGGAUAGCUCUUAUUUUACUCACUUUUUGGUAUUGAGAGAUACACCUGUUAAAUAAGGCUUUUUUCCUUAUAGCUUUUCCUUUCCUUUCUGAUUCAUAGCCAGUGCAGAAAAACUGUCAGGUAGUUUGCCCAGACUUGCCAGAUCCCUGAAGAGAAUCCCAAAACUGUCUCCCUGCCUGCUUCUCCUCCCCACCUCCAUUUCCAGGCACACCAUGAAUGAAGAAAAUGCUUCUUGGGCAAUUAGACUUCAUCUUCUAAAUUUUUAUAUAAAAUGGCUAAAGAUAAUCUUUUAACUCAAUUUAAAAUUCUUUGACCUUGUAGGCCUCACCUUUCAUUUACUUAAUAUUUUAUUUAAUACUGUUUUUUAAAAAAAUCUUAAAAUCAUAGUCAUAAUUUUACACUAACGCACAGAAUAAAUGACAACACAGAAAGCAUCGCUUCACAUAGCAAUCAAAGUGAAUCCAAAAUGAUGGCAAAGGAUGAGAAAUUCUUUAAAAGCUUCAAGUUUGUUUUUGAUACAUUUCUGCAUGAUCCAUCAUGCACAAGGGAAACUUUAUACAUUUUAUGUCUUUAAUCUUCAUAAAGUGACUAGUCUUUUCUUUAACCCAGGAAUUUUUAACUUGGAGUUCAGAACUCUGAAAGUACAUGCAAAAUUGUAGAUUUGUCUGCAUGUCCUUUUUUUGUCUGUUGCAUAUGUCCAUUUUUAAUAGAUUUGUGAAAGAUUUGAUGACAUCCCUUCCCCUUCAUGAAAAAGAGUUAAAAACUGCUGCCUUGCAAUGUUUUUAGUGCCACUGUAUGAAAUAGAGUCCUGCGCUGAAUGAUUUUAGUUGUGUGAUGAAUGUCAAGUGCUUCUUUAUUUUCUCAAAGAUUUCAUUAGAAAAUAUUUUCUGAUUAAUAAUGCUUUCCUUUUCAUGCUACUGUUGCAUUUUGUUUUUCCAGCUUUUGUAUAGUCUCCCCUUCUUUCAACAAAGGAUUAAUAAGAUAUUUGAGUACCUAUUCUGUGUAGUGACUUGAGCUAGAUCUUAAGGGAUACCAGGUUGAAUAAAAUACAGACUCUAUCACCAAGGAUAACAGCCUAAAGACAGUUUUAUUUCACAUUAUUUCUAUCAGGUCAGCUCUUGAUAUAUUUUAAUCACAAGAACUACCAUAGCAGUUCAGGCUUAUAUCAGUAAUCACUCUGACAGUGGGAACAAAGAGUAUUGAGUACUUAUUUGUAUUUGGAGGGAGGUGAAAAACCUUCAUAGGAAAGACAUACAUUCAUUAUUCUAAUUUAUGUGUGUAUGCUCAAGUCUCUUACCCUUUACUUAUCUCCCUGGGAAUUAAGUAGAGCCUUCUAUAUAUGUGUCCCUUUAAAGAAAACAGCUUUAAUGCAUGUUGUCUGUGCACAUUUCUACUGACAUGGCUCCUCCUAUUUGUAUGGUAUUCCAAGCACCUUGAAAACUGCCAGAGUUCUCUUCUGCUGUGACACGGGUCCAAAGGGAGGUACUCCCACAGAGACAUUGCCUGAGAAAGCCGAGAGAAAGGAACAAAUUGUAGGUGUAUUGAAAUCUUACAAAAUGAAGACCACCAAGUUAUUUAUGUACAUAUACAUAUAUAUAUAAAUGGGGGGAUGUUUUAUGCUGUGUUGAGUUGUAAAGUUUUGGACUUUUGGGGUUGCUUGAUCACAAAGUCUUACCGAAUCUUCUUAAUUGGCUUUGAGAGUUGGCUAUCAUACAAUUGAAAAUAUAGUAAGUUUUUCUUUUUAAUUAUCUUAUAAAGAAGUGAUAACUCCAAACAAUGAUAUGUGUCUUUAUUCUACAAAAUUGGCCAAAUUAUCUGGUGUCAAGCUAGUCCUUCUACCCUUAGUGCUGUGUCUCUAUCUGAAUGAGUACUUAAUGUGUGCCUCCUUGUGCUAGACAAAUAGCAGUAAUACAUGCAAGUAUUCACACAUAAAAUGUUUAGUGAACAAAUCAGACACUGUGCUUAUAUAAAAGUAAAGGUAGGAAUUAGAGAAAGAAGUUAUUGUGAGCUGGUACAGGGAGAAGCUUCAUAAAAAGAGUGUGAUACUUUUUGACUUUGAAAGAUGGCUCAAAUUUAGAUGAAGGCAGGAGAAAGCACAAUAAAGGAUAUAGGUUGAAUCUAGGACCAGAGGGAGAAAUUAACAUGGUCUGUAGCGGUUGGAAGGGAAGGACGGUAAGGAGGUAGACUCGACUGAGGUAUAUGGGUGCAGGUAAGCUGGGAUAAAUGUGCUUAAAGCUUUGAAAACUAAGAAGAGUUUAGACUUAAUGUAGAUAUGGUCAAGUGGUAGAGCACUAUAGAUUCUUGGCAAAGCUGUAACUUGAUGGUAGCAUUUUAAAAAGAGUAAUGGGGUAAUAGACUGAUCAUGCUCUUGGGACCAGUUAGAAAGCAAUUCCAGUAUGCCAUUGCUGUCCAGUACAAAUAAGAACAGUAAUAGUUGGAAUGGAGAAGAAAUUAUGAAUUAGAAAUUAGAAGCAUGAGAUCUGAGAAAAGGUCUUUAGGUUUGGGUAGGUCUCUGGUAAUCUUUAAAAAUGCAACCUUUAUAGAAAGGUGCAGAAUAGAAGCCAGGUUUUUGGAAUUAAUGAGGAAAUGUCAGGGAUAUGGAUGCAGCAGUCAUUGACUACUUAGUUAAGACAUUU